CAGCAACGUUACAAAGUACACAUGUUCGAUGUAGCAAAAAACUUGUUCGGCUCGUCGAGCCAAUAGAGCAGAAAGUGUUUAUAUGUCUUUUUAAAAGAGAAAGCGAAUAAACAAAUAGGAAUUGACCCAAAUAUUUCAACUAUAUAUAAAAGGGUAGCCUUAUUGCCAAAACAAAUUUUAGGGUCCAAAACAGAUUUUGUGUCGUUUACCUAAUAUACCCUCAACUACCUCGAAAAUCCAACUCUGUACUCUCCCUUCUUUUAUCCGUAUUCUCCAGAUUUUUCUGUACAACACCCACCGUUCGAUCGUCUCUACCAAUUCUCCUUUAAAAUUUUUUUUUCCGAAUGCAUUGAAAACUAGGAACGCCGCUUUGAGUUGGAAAGGGAUAACAACUAUUUUGAUUGUGAUUUUGAUGAUUUUGUGGGGUGAAGAAGAGACAAUAAUUGGAUGAGAGUUGAGGGUGGGUGGUUAAAUAGUUCAGGGAGAGCAAGAGUUCUUUGACUGCUGUAGAGUGAAGAAUCAGCUUAACGGAACGGAGGUGGUGGUGGUGGAUUUGGGAAGAAGAGCCGGGAGGCAGGGAGAGGAAGUAUUUGAGGGUGAUGGUAAAGCAACAACCAUGGAUGUAUCAUCCAUCAUCGUAGGUGGAGGAAGGGUAAUAAAAGUAAAGGCGAAGGCCAAGGCGAGGUGGAGGACGAAGUAUCGAGAGGACAAACGAAGCGGAGACUGUACCUCUUUGCUUCCCUUUUUUAAGCAAUUGUGUUAUCCCUAACAGAGAAAUUUGAGAAAAAUUGGCCUCUUUUUCUGUCAUUUUUAUUAAUUUCUUCAAAGUUAAAGAAUUUGAGAGGAGAAAAAAUAGAUGAUGUGUUCUUGGAAAUUUGACACAAUGGGAAACUUUUGAAGGCAUUGAAUUCCAGAUUCCGGCGUGAAUGGGGGGGGAGAGGCAAAACGGAAGCCCUUAAUUAGUAGGGGUAUAUUAGGUAGACAACAUUAAACUGUUUUGGCCCUCUAAAAUUGUUUUGGCAAUAAGGCCACCCUUUUCUUUUCAGAUAGUUUUAUUACUGUAUGUCUCUACUCUCUCCCUCUCCUCAACUAUUCUCUUCUUCUCUCGAUUCAGCCACAUCUCACCAUUAGUCCAUCUCAAAUCCGCUCCUCUUUUUUUUUUUUUAAAUCCAAUUUUAGAGCAGUUAAUUUUAUAACUUUUACAUGAAGAAUUAGUAAAAGUUUGUGCGUUUACCUUCAAAAUCAAAAGGUUGGAAUUAGAUCUGCUGGGGUUGAGUCCCCUUACUCCAUCCCCUUCGUUAUUGUUUUAAAUCUUCUUUGAAUUUGAUUCGUUGUUGGAACCUUCACCAUCUGAAGAUUUGAAGAAUUCUCAAGCUGUAAUGGUCGAUUUAGUUAUAAAUGUUAGAUUGAUGGAUUCUGACAGCAAGAAGUUUGGAAGAGGUCCGAGAGAGUUGACAGGCGCUGUCGACCUUUUAAGUUAUUACAAACUUUUGCCGCAGCAUGAGUAUUUCUGUAAGAAGUCACUUCCAGUGGCCAUUUCUGAUACGCACUAUCUUCACAAUGUGGUGGGAGAUACAGAAAUCAGGAAAGGUGAAGGAAUGCAAUUGGAUCAACUGAUCCAAGAUGGUUCACUUUCAAGAGAGACAAAUGCACGGAUACAGCCUUUUGAUUUAGAUGUUCUCAGAGAAGCCUUCCAGUUCAGGGAAACGGCUCCAGUUGACCUACCUUCUUCGGAGAAGGGUAUUCCUACAAUAGCUGGAAAGUCUAAAAGUGAGUCUAAAGACAAGGAUAAGAAGCAUAAAAAACAUAAAGACAAGGAUAAGGAAAAGGACAAGGAGCAUAAAAAGCACAAACAUCGGCAUAAAGAUCGAAGCAAAGAUAAAGACAAGGAGAAAAAGAAAGAUAAAAGUGGCCAUCAUGACUCAGGUGCUGAGCAUUCAAAGAAACAUCAUGAGAAGAAAAGGAAGCAUGAUGGAGAUGAAGAUAUUAAUGACAUACACAAGCACAAGAAAAGUAAGCAUAAGAGCUCAAAGAUUGAUGAGAUGGGUGCAAUAAGGGUUGCAGGCUGA